AUGUCUAACAACAAUAUAAACAACACUAUUUAUGAUAUUUCCACCAUUCAACAAGUCUUGAUCAACUCACCUUUGGAAGGAAUCAAGAUGCUUCCUUUGAAUUUGACAAUAUUAGUAAAAGCUAGUGAAUGGGAAAAGUGUCUGGAGCGAAUCAAUGUCUUAUGCUCAACAAAAUGGAAUAAAAAGCAUAAAUAUUCUGGAAAAGGUUUAGUUUUUGGAGAGACUAAAAAAUGCCACCGUGCUGGCCAAUAUAUAACAAACUGUCAAUUACGUCUUGCCCAGAAAGAUACAAAGGCAUACUCUUGUACAGCUGCCUUAAAAAUUAUACAGCAUCUCGACAACCCCAAUGUUGUUACAUUUUGCCAAACAAGGGCACAUGUAAACCAUGUUCCUGGAGACUGGGACGAAGUCAGAACUCUUCCUUUGCCUUCUGAAGCCGUAAAGAUUAUUGAAGAUCAGUUGAAAAGUGCCAGCAGCUGUAGAAGUACAAGAAUUUCAGUUCUUAGACAGAUUGAUAGUUGGGGAGUUGGUGUUAGAAAGCCUAAUUAUGAAGAAAUUUACAACAGAAUGAGAAAGAUGACUACUUUGUUAUAUAUGUUUGCUUCUGAUGAAAAUGCAUCUAUUUCCAUCUGGUUAAAUGUAAAGCUAGCAGAACAAAACUAUUGCAUUUUUGAAAUCAAUCUUUCUGUUUAUAAUGACAGUAAAAAACAAUUUGCCUUUGGAUUUCAAUCACCAAUGCAAGUUUCAAUCAUGAGAAUCUCACAAUCUUUUUGUCUCGAUGCCACCCAUUCCAUUUCGUCCAGAAGCGACGAAGUAUUAUAUACUUUGGUCACUUGCCAUCCUCAAACAGAAAAGGGAUUCACUGUUGCAUACAUGGUAACAAACAACCAGACAGCCAUACCCAUCAAAAUUUGGCUUGACUACCUGUGCAUCAAGAGCAGCUUCGUACCAAUGAAUAUCACUAUUGACUGUAGCAUUAUGGAGGUUAAUGCAAUCAAAGAAGCAUUACCUCAUGCUACAAUUCACUACUGUGAUUUUCAUGUUUUUCGCGCUUGGCAGCACAACCUUGACAGCAAGAUUAAACUUAAUGCCUCUUAUACAUCAGAACAACUUGGGAAUUAUAAGACUGCACUAAAGAACUACCUGAGACACAUUCUCAUUGAGUCCAAUGAAGACGUGUUCCUAAGAGCAAUUGAAGAUUUUAAACUGAUGGUUCAGGAUCAAUCUCAGUUUUUGAAAUAUUUUGAGAAGAAAUGGACCGAGAACAAAGAAUUGUUGCAAAGAUGGGGGUGCCCGUACGUUAGCCAACAACAUCAGAGAUAUGUGACAAACAACUAUGUAGAAUCAUGGCACAAUCAACUCAAGACAAUCUACUUUGGUCGUGCAUGCAUCAGAAGAUUGGAUCGACUGAUUUUUAUCUUGACAAAUGAUGUGGAGUUCUAUUUUGAACAAGAGGUUGAGCGUAUUCACUUCAACAAUGCAAGAAAUUCUUUUGUUGCUUCAAAAAUCCAAAAUGACAUGCUCCCUUCCAUGAUUCUCAACCCUUUGGGUGAGACUGGUAACAGCAUGGAUGAUUAUAAUGACGCUGUAAAUGCAAACAAGAACGAAGUUGAGGAAGAAGUAGAAGAGGAAUUAGAGAGUGGAGGUACUGCUGAAGAUAGAGGUGUAUAUGUCUUUGACAAAAUUGCAGCUUAUUCUGCAAUGAUGCAUCACGGCUUUGUAGAUUUUCAAACUUUGAAGACAAUUCCUGGCUUAGAUCAAACAAAGGCAGAUCUUAUAAAAAGAGCACUCGCAGAUACUUUGAGGUUGAUGGAUGAAUAUAGAAGUAAGAACCCUUCAUAUUUUAGAAACAUGAAUACUCAGAGAUAA